CGGAAGCGUGGCUGAACAACGUGUGUUUUAUGGACAUGGUUGGGUGGAAGUCACUUCUUUAUUAUGGCUAAAAAAUUACCGCCACGAAGUGAUUAAAACUCGAUGUGUAUAAUUUACCUUUUUCAUGUAAUAAGUAUAGUUCUAGUCUAAUAGUUACAUCAAAUCUUAAUGAUAAGCAAGGUCGGAGGUGAUAUAAUUUGUUUGGAUGACUGAAUACAGUGGGUUUAAUCAGUUAUUCAUUACAGCUAGUUGCCUGUCAAUCACGGUGGUUUAUCAAGCUGGAUGUCUAAGCCCGUGUUUCAGUUAUGAAGGCAGUACGUGUAGAUUUUAUUGGUGAUUAUUCGCUUUUAUAAGUAUAUUCCAAAGGAUUAGCACAACAGAUUUGCAACGAACUAAUGUCCACCAAGAUUUCACAAUUAUGGAUAUAUCUUAUUUUUAUUGUGCUCUUCGUGAUGUUGCCGAUACAUGUUAUUUCUCUAAGACAACUGUUAGAGGACAACAAUGGGAUUUCAAAAUCGCCUGAUGCUUCAAAGUCACCUUCGCCAUUGGUGUUACAAAAGAUCCCGGGCGACAUUACCCGUAACAAUUCGGGUGUGAAAAGUUAUCAAAACGUGUUUGUGCCGGCGAAACAUAUGAAAGGCCCCGACAAUGACAGCCCAGUAAAUUCAGACAGUAAAAAUCACAAAACCAAAGCUCUAAAUCUAACAAUAUUACCUAUACUUGCCGUACUUGCAUUUUUGACUUGUAUUUGUUUAAAAUGUUGUAAGUGGUUCAGGGAUAGUGUGAAAAAACGUGAAGGUGAUGACGAUGAUGAAACGGGUUUUGUUAUUAUAACGGAAGGUGAUAACGAAUACAAUGACGUAGAGUUCCGAUCGGACACAACAUCGAUGGGAUACGAUACAGUAUCAUCUUAUACUUCAUUCAUCAGACGCAAUAAUCAUUACGACACUGUUACAUCAGUCCGAUCUUUACAACUACCAAGGCACAGCGAUACGCACAAUUCAUAUCGUUCAUUUCUUUUGCAACGUUUGGACGGAUCCCGCCAAAAUACUGUCAGUUCAUAUCGUUCAUUUUUACAAAACGCCGCCGAGAUGAAAGAUGUAGAGGUUCAAGUAGAACUUGUCGAUGAACCAUAUUAUAAAGAUAAGAAAAAUCUCACCGUUGACAUAGCACCUCGUACUUAUUCAAAACCGAGACGCUACAGGCACAGUUCAUGUGACUCAGUGAUUCUUUCAGCACCUAGUAAACGCUCGAAAUCCUCCGAAAGCAGCGAAAACAGCACCAGUCCCAACGAGAGUCCCAAUAGACAAUCGCGUUAUAUAAGACGAUCGCAACGUCAUAGGGUUUCCUUCCUUGAUAGUUCCAGUGUGCCGAGAGUUAAGAUUAGUAGAUCUUUAUCCUCGGCUUAUAGUGAUCAUAAUACCAUAAGUAUAUUAAACGAUCGGCGCAGACAAGCGGAAAGACAAGCCAGUGUAUCCCCAUCAAGCUCACCAAGACGUGCAUGGGAAUCUCGACUAUCGUCAACGAAUGAAACAAAGACAGGCAAUUUAAAGGGUGGUUCUCCAAAACCAGUACAUCGAAAUGAAAAUAGCACAGAGAACCAAUCAUACACUGAAACGACGCCGCAAACAGUUGGCGCACCGAAAAAUCAUCGAUUUAAAGUUUGCAAAACAGAACUGGUCAGUGUUAGCCAACCCGGUAGCAGAAGUGAAGGAAGCCAAGAUAAACCUCACGAAUCAAUAUCACAGGUUACCCAAACCAGAAUCGAAACAAAUGACGGCAGUGAUUGGGAUACAGUAUCGGGAAGUAGUAGACUAUAUACAUCCAAACCAGCGGAUAUGUCUUUAGGAGUUUCGGGACUAGGUCAUCUUUCUAGGGAUUCUGAUCAAGCUGUGACCCAAAGUUCAUUGCAAGAUGCAGUCACAGAGCAUCAAAAUAACGACACUGUGUUCAAUUUAAAUAGAAUCAAAAUAAGUAAUCAGAACAACAAAAUCUAUGUGCAAUCCGAGGAGAGUUCUGUUGAUAGGACACAGUCACAAAAUAACAAUAUUUCACAGAUUCCAGAACAAAGCCAGGAAUUAAAAAUGGCGGAUAAUUCUAACACAAAUCCAGAACAGAAACCAUCACCCAAUGCCCACAAUGAUCUUAUAAAUAACGGCGACGAUCCUAUAAGUGAUGAUGAUGAUAGCGGUGUCUGCAGCGAGUUUACAUCCUUGGUUACCUCAAAUAACACUGACAAUAUGGCGACAACGAUUUCAUCACAAUAAUUCACAGUGAACUAAGAUUAAAAUGGUCAUUCUCUAAAAAAUAUAAUUUAAAUUGUGUGUUUUGUAUUAUUUUUUUUUAUUCCACAAUGUGUUGAAUUUUGGCAUAUUUCGCUCGACUUCAA